AUGUCGUCUUUAGCGGAGUACUUGAAGCGGUACACGUCGGAUGGGCCAGCGGGGGGCGAGGAGAAGAAGAAGAAGAAAAAGAAAAAGAAGGGCGCCGCACCCGCGAAGAACGCGGGAGGGCUCGUUCUGGUGGACGCUGACGCCACGUGGCAGAAGCCGAUUGGCGAAGAGGCCGAUGAGGAAGAAGAUGAGCCGGUAACGGAUGCUCCCCAGGUGGAGGAGGACGUGGAGGUUCGGCGACAGCGACGCCUAGAGGAGGCUCGGAAGCGAGAGCUGGAAGUUCGGGAGGAUGGGAGCGGAUGGGUUACUGUGGAUCGGACACAGGCACGGGGAGGGGGGAGAGGAGAUGGGGAAGGAGAGGCAGGGGGUGUUGGGGGGUCGGUUGAGGGCGGCAGGAGGGGAAGGCAUGACAGCCCGGACCUCUCUCCCCCUCGCCGAGCCAGACACUACUCCCCGGACCUGUCGCCUCCUCGGCGCCGAACCGGAGAAGACUCUCUGGACCUGUCUCCCCCCCGUCGAGGCAGGAGAGGACGGCAUGACAGCCCUGACGGGGACGAGGGGGGCGACAGGAGAGACGGGGGAGAGGGGAGAGAUGAGAGAGAGGAGAGAGAGAGGUGGGGCAGAGAAGGGAAUAGAGGAAGGGUGGUAAGAGAUGGUGGUGGAGGGACGAGAGGGGAUUCACCUGACCUGUCUCCCCCUCGAAGGGCCACAAGGGGCUCACCGGACCUGUCCCCUCCUCGGAAGAGAAAGGCCCAAUCUUCCAAUCUUUCCCCUCCUCGCCGAGCCAGGCAUGACUUGCCGGACCUGUCGCCUCCUUGCCGAGCCAAAGACGUUUCGCCAGACCUGUCGCCUCCUCGAAGGGGCAGAAAGGGCUCACCGGACCUGUCUCCCCCGCGCCGAACCAGAAACGAUUCACCAGACCUGUCUCCUCCUCGCCGAGCCAGGCACGACUCGCCGGACCUGUCCCCACCCCGCAAGAACAGGAAGGGCCCGUCCCCGGACCUCUCCCCGCCCCGGCGCCAAACCAGAAAGGGCUCACCGGACCUGUCCCCGCCUCGUCGCCGAACCAGACAAGUGUCCCCGGGCCUGUCUCCACCCCGACGCCAAGCCAGGCAGGCCACCCCGGACCUCUCUCCCCCUCGACGCCGAGCCAGACAAGACUCACCGGACCUGUCUCCGCCACGAAAGGGGUCGGGGAAACAGGCAGGAACGCAGGGUGGGGGGAGCAUGUGGAAGGGGGGAGGGGGGAAGGCGGAGAGGAUGAUGGAUGGGAGCCUGGCGGGGCUGAGGAGCGGCAAGGAGGUGAUGGCUGAGGCUGAGGAGAAGAGGGCAAAGGACGAGGCCAGGUUCGCCCAGCUGGAUCCGUCCAUCAGUGGUCGGGGGGCGCAGACUGUGUACCGCGACAAAGCAGGCAAGCGAGUGAGCAAUCUGGAGGCCAUCAUGGCGGAGGAGAAGGCCAAGAAGAGCCGCGUGCUGCCGCCACCCGAGUGGGGCAAGGGUCUGGUGCAGAAGAGGCAGGCGGAGAGGCAGCAGGCUGACCUGGAUGCCGUGGCUGCCUGCCCGUUCGCUGCCUACGAGAAUGACGAGGAGCGAGAUCGCAUGCUCAAGAAUGCAGUGCGCUUUGGCGACCCCAUGGCACAUCUCGUCAAGAGCAACAUCUCGGCAGACGCUCUUUUGGAGGACCUCAGUCGAGACCCAGCCAUGCAGGCGUCGGGCUUCACCGUGCCACAGGCCAUUCCCCCUCACAGCUGGCUCAAGCGCCGCGUGUCCGCCCCGCACAACCGCUACGGCAUCCGCCCCGGCCGCCACUGGGAUGGUGUUGAUCGCAGCAAUGGGUUUGAGCGGGAGAUGUUCAAGCAGAAGAACGAGAUGCAGGCGCGGGAGCAGGAGGCCUUCAUGUGGUCCGUUGCUGACAUGUAG